AUGAGUGAAGAAUUAUAGGCAAUGAAAUAAUUAUUGUCUUAAUUGGAAAAGCUAAAGACAGUUAAAAGUGAAUAGCAAUAUGAGCCAAUUCUGCAAGCUUUAUAAAGAGUUGAGUAAUAUAUGGAAGAGACUUUGACAGCGGAUGGUCGAUAAUAUUUGCCAGAAUUGGUAAAUAUAUGUGUGAAUUUGAUAAUAAAUCAUAAAGCAUACCCAGAAAGAGUAAUUUAGAAUUUGGAAGCAUUUAUAAAAUGUGUAUUGAAAUAUAUCUGUAAUAAUAUAUAAGAGGAGAAGGUAAGUUAAAUGUUUCGAACAAUAAUGGAUCCAUCUCGUAUGAUUUAUGAGCAUAAUGCACAUCGUACUGAAUGGCAUGAUCAAGUAAUGAAUUGCAUAAAGUUAGUUCAUAAAAUAUUCAUAUUCGCUCAAUCCUCAAUAUAAAUAAUUUAUAGACCAAAUUUAAGUAGGGACUUAUGUAGAUUGUAUGCGUUUUUGUCGUAGUACAGGGAGGUAGAAUUGGUCUAGAGGAGUAGUGGAAGAACUUAAUGAAGAUAAUAUAAAGGUGAGAUAUCUAAAUGAAUAAUCUGUCACACAUAUAUACAAUAUUAGAAGUGGUAAUAUUAUGCCAUAUAGAACUCGUUCUUAAAAGCUAGAUUAAAUGUUUAAUUUUUAAGUAGGUUAAUUAAUAUUAGCAACUUAAUCAGAUAAAUGGGUAUUGAGUACAAUUUAGGAACGUUUCGAAGAGAAUGAUGUCGAGCCAAUUCUUAAAUAUAAUGUGGCAUUUCGUUUUUAUACAGAAGAAGGAACAACUGUAGAUGAUGCAUCAUAGAUGAGAUAUAUUGGUUAUAAUAAAUAUCAUGAUGAAUCAAUUACAGCUUGUCAUCCACGUUUGGCUAUUUGUGGAGAUCACAUAUUAAGAAGAUUUAAUUCUAUAGAAUAAUAUAUAGAUGAUAGUUAUGAUAUUCUAUAUGAAUAAGAUUAUUAGGAAGAAAAGUUUUAUGCUAUUUUAAGACCUAAAUAAUCUAAGAGUUUUCUUUUAAUUUCAUUNUUAACUGUACAUAAUGGAUUUAUUUUGCUGAUGUGA